GCUGGGGGCUGGGGAAGGACACAUCUCACAUGUCCUUUGAGGAGCUGUUGGAAUUGCAGAGCCAGGUGGGGACCAAGACAUACAAACAAUUGGUAGCUGGAAGCAGCACUAAGAAGCAAGGCUCUAGACCCCCUGUCCAAAAUGCCUGUGUUGCAGAUAAGCACAGGCCUCUGGAAAUGUCAGCCAAGGUCCGGGUGCCAUUUUUGCGUCAAGUUGUCCCCAUCAGUAAGAAGGUAGCCCGGGACCCCCGCUUUGACGAUUUGUCAGGGGAAUAUAAUCCUGAAGUGUUUGACAAAACCUAUCAAUUCCUGAACGACAUCCGAGCCAAAGAGAAAGAGCUUGUGAAAAAGCAGUUGAAGAAGCACCGUUCAGGGGAGAAGCAUGAGAAGCUGCAGCAGCUGCUUCAGCGAAUGGAGCAGCAAGAAAUGGCACAGCAGGAACGGAAGCGGCAGCAGGAGCUGCGCCUGGCUCUGAAGCAGGAGCGGCGGGCGCAGGCCCAGCAGGGCCAUCGUCCGUACUUCCUGAAGAAAUCUGAACAGCGCCAGCUGGUCCUAGCUGAGAAGUUCAAGGAGCUGAAACGCAGCAAGAAGCUAGACAGCUUCUUGAGUCGAAAAAGGCGCCGAAACGCAGGCAAAGACAGGCGACAUCUCCCUUUGAAUAAGGACUAAUAGGAACUGACCUCAGCUCUGCCACUGCCCCAGUGAGAACUGGGUCUGUGGGGACAGCCUGGGGCUUGGCCUAUUCUGGGUCUUUCCCCUUCAAGGACAAGGAUCACAGCUGCCCUUGAACUAGAUUGGCUCAGCAGUGACUAAAGGGUUCUUGGGCUGCCCCAGGGAUGGACAGGAACAGCUCAGCCUUCGCCAUGCCACACUCCUCUGCUUGGAUCUGGUUCAUCAUGUACUCGUGUCCUCCCAUCCUUGCCUUAAACCAGGGAUGAGAACCUUU